CUACCAACCUCAUUUGCACCGGGUGCACCCACACCCCUGUUUGGAACCUUCUGCAUUUUCGCUUCCCUACUAUUUGGCACAACUUCCUCGUCCCACUCUUCAUCUUCUGUAGCUCCAACCACCCAAUCAUUCCAAUGUUUCUCCAUCUUCUUUAUACAUCAAACCACCCACCCCCCGCCCUCAUCACCACUACCCUUAUCUCCAACUGAGCUCUACUGGGCAGCUACGACGACCCCAACAAGACGCCCACCUCCUUUUCCGACUCAUCCUCUCCCUCCACCUCACUCCUCUUCAAACCCCCAAUUGCAGACCCAUCAUCGUCGCCGUCCCCUUCGCCAUAUUCAACCGACCUCCAAAUCCUUCCCAACUCCCUCCGCUCUGUUUCCUUCUACUCUCACGACCAUAACCUCUUCUUCAACUCCAGCAACUCGCACUACAACCCAAGCCUCUUUCACUAUGUCAUCUUCUCGAUCCGCUUUUUCCUGCAGCUACCUCCUCAACCGCGUCACUCAAUCCACGACCUCCGCCACCGUUUAGCUCCAGACAGUUUCAGCGUCUCAAAAUAGCAAGGAUUUCGGGAAGGAAAAAAUAACCAACUAAUUCACCAGGAAAUGCUCGAUCGGGCAGGUGUGCCAGGUGAUCGGAGCUGUCGUUGAUGUGAGGUUCGAGGAAGGGCUUCCCCAAUCUUGACCGCGCUUAAGGUGUUGGACAACUCAAUCCAGUUAAUGCUCGAUGUGGCUCAGCACUUGGGUGAGUAUAAGGUCAGGACCAUUGCUCAGGAUGAGACUGAGAUACUUAUGAGAGAACAUCGUAUGCUCAACACUAGUUCUCCGAUCACUGUUAUUGUUGGAAUGGCUACCCUUGGUCAUAUCAUGAACGUCGUUAGAGAGCCCAUUGACCAUAGAGGGGAUAUCAAUACCGAUCACUUUCUACCCAUUCAUAGAGAAGCUCCUACCUUCGUUGAGCAAGCAACUAAGCAGCAGAUCCUUGUUACUAGAAUCAAGGUUGUCGACCUUCUUGCUCCCUACCAAAUAGGAGGAAAAAUUGGAUUGUUCGGUGGUGCCGGUGUUGGAAAAAUUGUGCUUAUUAUGGAACUUAUCCAUAACAUUGCUAAGGUUCACAGUGGUUUCUCUGUGUUUGCUGGUGUUGGAGAACGUACUCGCGAGGGUAAUGACUUGUACAGGGAAAUGAUUGAGAGUGGUGUCAUUAAGCUAGGUGAAAAGUAUGCUAACAACAAAUGUGCUCUAGCGUAUGGUCAACUAAAUGAGCCCCCUGGUGCUCAUGCUCGUGUUGGUUUGACUAGGCUCACUGUGGUUGAACACUUCCGUGAUGCUGACAGGGUCUUUUUGAAUGAGAUAAAUAUUGAUGUGAACAUGACUGAGCACCAUUACAGGGAUUACAUGUUCUAAGAUGCACUCAAGACUGGUUUUACGAUCUUCAGGCUUUUAGGGAUAAGUACAGGCUUUCAUGUGCUUUUGGGAGCAUAAACCGUGAAUUGCUGUGGCAUUUUAGGGGCGCAGACAAGUCUUAUUACUCCAAUUUGUCCGCACUAUGCAGAAUAUGUCUAAAGGGAACUUUUGAAAACGGAAGGGUUUGUGGUCAAUGCAGGAUGGCCUGUGUCUGAUUAUCCAGAUAUAAUCUUCCAUAAUGCUAACAAGUAUUUGCAACAUUCCAUUGUUGUACUGAGGUAACUUUUUGAAAAGAAAACUUCAGGCUCAACGAAAGCUAAUAAGAAGGGUCAUCUAGUUAAAGCAUCGACGGAAACCACAAGGUUGAUUGGUUUAAUAUAUGUAAAUGAGCAAUUCGAUGGAUGGAAGGCGAAGUGUUUGAGGAUACUACAGAGUAACUUGGACAGUGAUACUCGCACUUUUGCUCCAAACAAGGUAAUUCUGGAUGCUUUGCAAAGAAGUUUAAUUAGUUUAAUUUAUGUGCCAGCUGAUGACUUGACAGAUCCUACUUCUGCCACUACCUUUGCUCACUUGGAUGCCACAACUGUGUUGUCACGACAAAUCUCUGAGCUUGGUAUCUACCCUGAAUUCUCACUUAAUUAUCUUGAUUGCUGGUUCCUAAAGAAUUAUUUACUAACUAGAAAUGUUCAGCAUGAUACUAAGACCAUUUUGGUUUCUCCCACUACCUUGUUGACUAGCACCUUUGGAUGGGUGAGUUCGUGUUAUGUGGAUAGUUUUGUACGGAUGAUUGUUGGGAAAGUAUUUGAUGAAAUGUUGCUUGGUCAUUAUGAUGCAUUGAAUGUAUACGGUGCGAGCCCAGGUAUAUAUAGGUAGCUCCCCAUUCAUUUUUUCGGAACACAACUGAAUGAAGGGUCAAUCUCUGCAUCCCUUGGCUCUAAGCAGUUACCAGGCUUAUUGACUUCGAGCUGCCUGUGAAAUAACCAUCAGCAUCAGAUAGUUCUACGAUUACUAAAUCGUCAACUUGCAAUCCUAUGUGUUUAGAUGGGAGUGAUUGAGCUAGUAGUUACAUGUUUGAUUCAGAGUGUUCGGGUGUCAUGAGCAGAAUUCAAGCUUGUAAGACAGUAGAAGAGUAUGGACAAUCUGAAUUCAAGGAUGUAUCAUGUGGGAAAACCAUAUGGCAUGACUUGGCGAAUGCAGCAGGAACUCAUAAUUUUGAACUCAAAUAUAUAGAUGGCAUGUCUCCUACAAACAGGCUUCUAUAAGAAUUUAAGCUGCUGUGGACAUCUAUAAUUAUUGCAGAAGACACAUGUUGUCUGGCUCCUCGGUUUAUACAAAGGUCAUAUGGCACAACAGCAUAUAUAUAUUGUGUUGGUUUAACCAAUUUAGUGGAAAAGCUAAGGUGUGGGGAACACAUAUGACACGUGGACUGCAAAGACCUUUUACACAGCUACUGCAAGCUCAAUAUUAUUCCAAUGGCCACAUAUUUGAGUGUUAAAAGUGAUUUGGAAUUCAUUGCUCCCCCGUAUGUAACUUCGGUUUAUGGCUCAUAUGCAUUUGAAAGCUAUUUUCCAAAAUGUCUACAUUUAUUCAAGGCUCUUGUUGAUCUACACUUUCAGGGUGCGUUUGUUGCACCGGACUAUCUCGGACUGGACUAGCUUUAGGGACUAAGUUGGACUGGG